ACAGGAAGUGUUAACAUUUUCUUUAACCAGCUGAUAUAGCCAAAUUGUCAACAGUCAAAGCUGCGAUACGUGCGCCGCUGAAACGACAGUAAACACGACAAAAAAACGAGGAGCGCAGAGAGGUCAAGACACCAUCGGCGACACUUGACCACACUCUGGACAGCAGAGCGAGCGACUGACACCCCAGAGACCCCGAUCUCCACCCCAGGGAGGAGGCCCAGCCCACCUGCUGCUCCUACGCGGGCCGGUAUGAGCUCCAGAGGGAGUGGAGGCCGCUCCAACGGCACACUACCACAGACCAAGAUCUGCCAGUUCAAACUGGUGCUGCUGGGCGACAUGGCUGUGGGCAAGUCCAGCCUGGUGCUGCGUUUCGUCAAGGGACAGUUCGAUGAGUUCCAGGAGACAACUAUAGGAGCUGCGUUCCUGGCUCAGUCGGUGUGUUUAGAUGACACCACGGUGAAGUUUGAGAUCUGGGACACCGCGGGUCAGGAGCGAUACCACAGCCUGG